GUCGUUUGUUGCCGAAUAAAAUUGCGUUUGUGAUUGUUUGUGAUAAAUACUCUCGUUCAUCUUAACAAAUGCAAGAAACCGAAUCAGAAAGUGAAGACAGUGAUGCAGAGGGAGGUCUUGGCAAUGUAAAUAAACUAGUAAUUCGACCACCCGGACACAGUGGCAAAGCCAAAAAAGGCCACUUGUGCUUCGAUGCAUCAUUCGAGACGGGCAAUUUGGGUCGGGUCGAUCUCGUCUCUGAAUUCGAAUACGAUCUGUUUAUAAGACCCGAUACCUGCAGUCCACGAUUGCGACUCUGGUUCAAUUUUACCGUAGACAAUGUACGCCAAGAUCAACGAGUCAUCUUCAACAUCGUCAAUAUUUCUAAAAGUAAAAAUCUCUUUCGCCAAGGCAUGACUCCGCUGGUACGGAGCAGCAAUCGUCAUCGAUGGCAACGUCUUCCUCUCAAACAGGUCUUUUACUACAAAUCUACGGAACAUCAAGAUCAUUAUAUUCUAAGUUUUGCAUUUGCAUUUGAUCGAGAAGACGAAUUUUAUCAAUUUGCGCUCACCUAUCCAUAUUCUUAUAGUCGGCAUCUCGGUUAUCUCAACAAUUUAAUAUCUAAAUUUCCAGUUGUAAAAAGAGAAACUAUAGCUUCAUCUAUUCAAAAACGUGAUGUUGAGCUCAUCAGUCUUACUUCUGAGCAAAACUAUCAGCCACUCGAACCUGAACAAAAAAUGAGGCGAUGUAUUGUUCUUAUAGCACGGAUUCAUCCUGGAGAAUCACCUUCAUCUUUUGUAUGUCAAGGUUUUGUUGAUUUUGUCGUCAGUGCUCAUCCUAUUGCCAAAAUUCUACGAGAUUAUUUUAUGUUUAAAAUCGUUCCCAUGAUCAAUCCAGAUGGAGUAUAUGUUGGAAAUUAUAGAUCCAAUUGCUUGGGAAUGGAUUUGAAUCGUUCAUGGAGUAGAAUAUCACCAUGGAUACAUCCAACUCUUGUAGCAACAAAAAAUUUGUUGGAAACUCUGGAUAAAGAUGUAACAUUUCCACUUGAUUGUGUACUUGAUUUACAUGCACAUACUAAUGCGACUGGAAUUUUUGUUUACGGAAAUACUUAUGAAGAUGUUUAUAGAUACGAGCGACAUAUAGUACUGCCUAAAUUGUUAUCACAAAUGGCUGAAGAUUAUGAUUCUGAUAACACAAUGUAUAAUGCAGACUCUAAUAAAGAAGGUACUGCCAGAAGAUAUCUUUGCUCAAUUCUUAGUGAACAUGUAAAUUGUUAUACUUUACACGUUUCGAUGCACGGCUACAAGCACAAAAAUACAGGAACUAUAUUGCCAUACACUGAAGAAAGCUAUUAUAGGGUAGGCAGAAAUUUGGCAAGAGCUUUUUUCGAAUACUACAGAGUUACGGGUUUAAUACCUACAGGGUUGCCUGAUCAACCAAAACAUAAACGGAGUCGCCAAUCACGUCAAAAACAACGAGUUCAACGCGAACCACGUCCUAGAACCGCCAGGACACCUGCCCCUUUGCAUUUCGCUACUAUUCACGAGUACUUUGAAGCUGAAAAUCAGAAUAAGGACACUGAAUUAUUACUGAGCGGUUCUCGGCCAAUAACUAAUUCUUUUAAUAUAUUGCAACAACAAAAACAAAACUAUGUUUCGAAGAAACAUUUUUUAUUCUCCAAUAACCUUUUUAAGAAUCAGAAAAAUGAAAUUAUCUUGCCUCCAAGCACCAAGACCGAACCCAGUCUCACCAUAAUUGAUUUCAACCAACUUACAAGAGGUGGUCUCGAGCUCGCUAAAACGGCCAAAAAAGUUACUCUACUGUGAAG